GCGACACAAACAUCUCUCCGCCGCUCUUCGAUCCCAUCUGGUCAGCAGAAAACUAGCUGAACUACUGUCUAGAGAUGUAUAAGUUGGAUAUUCGAGUCGAUGCAAAGGAAGCUGCGGCUACGGAGUGGCGACGGAGCCUGGAGCGAGACCGGCAGGCGCGCAUCUUCAACACCAGAGAGCGUACCAUUGGGGUUGAUUUGGGGUCUUUAGAGAAUCAGGUGACAGAGAAGAGACAGAGAGAGUUGGAAGAAAGACAAAGACAUGAAGCCUUUGCUCAGGAGAUGAUAACGCAGGACAAGGUGGUUGAACUACUGCAGCAGAGGCAAGAGAAGGAUCUCAAACAACUCAACAAGAAUGACAGUUUCUGGAAUGCAAACUUUCGCUGGCGAGGACUUGAGUAUGAGAAGAGAAGAAAGCUGCAGCAGGAGCAGAUCAGGGAGUGGACUGCAGCUCAGACGGCAGAGAAAGAGCACACACUUCAGGAGGAGAAACAUGCGGACAGACUCUACCAUCUGAAGGCCUGCGAGCUAGACCAGAGGGCAGUCGACUUGGCCUCUGCCGACGAAGACACCAGAAGAAACAUCACCGUUGCCACCAAGGAAUACAACCUGGCCCUUGGCAAAGAGAAGGCAGGGCAGAAGCAGCAGGAGAUGGCCCAGGAACAGGAUGACAACUUCACUGAGCUGUGUAACCACGUCCACGGAGACAUGCUCACCGAGAACCCUGCCGUGGCCCAGAGCGCCUUUGGACUACACAGGGUCAUCCCCGACAGAUGGAAGGGAAUGAGCCCCCGCCAAGUGGAGGAAGUCAGACGCACACAAGAACAGCAAAAACUGGAAAAACAGGGUGCGUUCGCACACGUUGUCUGCAAAAAAGCUGUAGGCUCAGUGGUUCGAGUGUCAGGGAAAGAGAUGGAAGAAGACGAACAGUCGGAUGAUUCUAGCGGCAGCGAGAGCGAGCUGCAGGAGCGAGCGGAGCAACUGCAAGCGGCGGUGGAUGGAAACCCUUAUCACUACGACAAUCAUGUCCAGCUGAUAGGGUUGCUUCGGCAACUGGGAGACUUGGACGGAGCCAGAAAGGCUCGAAAUGCGAUGAGUGAAGCCUUUCCUCUCACAGAAGGAAUGUGGUUGGGAUGGAUUCGGGACGAGCUGCCACUGGUCAGCAUUCCAGAAGCCAGUCUGGAACUGAGACAGCUGUUUGAACGUGCAACUGAAGACUACCUCUCUGUGGAGGUAUGGUUACAGUAUGUUCAGUUUACAAUGGACCAAAUGUCGGUGGUAUCAGAAGGUGUGGCCUUUCCGAGGGACGUGUGUGAAAGAGCCAUCGUUAGGUGUGGUCUACAUGUCUCCAAGGCAGGUGAACUGUGGGACAUGUAUCGAGGCUUUGAAAUUGCACUUCUCAAGUCUUUACAGGAAAUGCAGCAGAAUUCAACCGAAGAUGAUAACCUGAAACCACAAGUAGAGGCCCAGUUUGAAAGAGUGGACAAACUGUUCAAAAGACAGUUGGCGGUUCCCCUGAUUGGCAUGCAAGACACAUUUGAGCAGUAUCGUCAGUUCAGUGAUUCCUCCAUCGCUGAAGGUGGCCUACCAGCUUAUGAGAUGGCUCUGAAGAGGCUUGAGAUACUCCUGCCUUUUGAGAAUGAGCUGGUUAGU